AUGCAUGGCCCAACUCGAGAAAUUUUGCCACUGAUUCCACGAUUACCAGCGUCAAACUCCAACGAGAUGAUUUCGGAUUUCCUUGCACCGAGCCCUUUCGAUCUCGAUCUCGAACAUGUCCAAGCUGAGCCUACUCUACGACGGGAUAAGCGCAUGUUGGACACCUCGCAUUCUGAAAACCAGGACCAUUGUGAGCGCAACUCGAUGCUUCCCUCAAGUAGUCAGCGCGCUUCUUUCUUCCCACGGGCCGAUGCAGCAAUUCUUCAUUCUAAACACCCCUCACCUGCUCUGACCGAACGACCAACCGUUGUUGCACCCAUUCUCGAUCUGGCCAAUGUCGAUAAGCCUCUCUCCGCCUGGUCUGUCCAUGUCGCACAGUCAAUCUAUCCAAGAAGAGAGGAUGUUUGGGCGCCGGCUCCCAUUCCGGAGAAGCUGAACGGCAUGGGUCCAUGCGUGGCUGACCGCUAUCUCUUUCCCAUCCUGACUCGCAACGAACGGCUCAGACUGACCAUGAUGUAUUACUACACGAGGGAUACUCUCGCAGACGAUGAACUCAUCUCUAGGCUGCAAGAAAAGGUCCAUCUGGCCAAAGAGACCGUCGGAUGGGAAUUUGUCAUAGCUGGUCUGCUGGACCACAAUACCUACACACGAGUGGUAACCGUCGGUUUGCCGUUGGCAGUCUUGCCUCGUCGUGAGAGUACCUGUGCGCACACAGUGAACCAGCCACCAGGUACAGUCUUUACCUUGCUGAACAUGGUCGACGACUGGCGAUUUAAAGAGUCACCUCAUGUCGAACAAGGCGGCCUUCGGGCGUAUGCUGGCGUGCCACUAAGAUUUGAAACCGAAUUCGGUGAUCAUGUCGUCUUUGGAUCGCUCUGUGUGGCCUCAAACUCGGAACAGGAGCGGCUCACAAUCGCCCAGCAAAGAUCACUUGCCCGUCUUGCCGACUGGGUCGUUGCCGACAUUGUUCACAGUGCAAGAGCGCGACGUCAGCGCGAUCGAAGACGAAUGCUGGAUAUGCUCGCCAAAGCACAGAACCAGUGUGAUGAGGGCGAGAAUAUGGAAGAUGCAAUCCCACUGCUGUUGCGGGAAGUUUAUCCGUCUACGACUGUUUGUAUCCACCGCACAGUAGAUGGGCAGAUUGUACUAGAAGGAGGCACUGCAUUCGCAGCCUCCGAUCUAGAGCAGGGACUCUGGGAAGACUGUGACUAUUUCGAUUCCGUUAUUGAAGAGCGCAAUCAUGCGGACAUGGUCGCCCCACGGAUUGUGCGCGUCAUUGCGACACAGUGCGCGAGCCAGCGGAUACCAACAUUUCUUGUUGUGGGCUCGAAAGACUUCAGAAUGGUAUUCGAUGAUGUUGAUGCAUGGUUUGUCGAAAUGUGCGCAACUACAUUGUGUCGUUUCUGGCAUGGCACAGCGCUGAAAGAAGCCUUGUCUGCGAAAGAGAAUUUCUUGCGUGGCAUUACCCAUCAACUUCGAACACCUAUUCACGGCAUCCUAGGCUCGGUGGAACUGUUGACAGAGGAGUUAAAAUCGCUCGGCGUAGUAUCGGCCACGGCUGGAUCAACUCCGGAAGGCUCACCAGCAGCCGAGCAGGUCGAUCCAUACAUUUAUAUCAAAACGAUACAGGCAUCCGCGCGAGAACUCAUUACCACCAUAAAUAGCUUGAUCAAACUCAAUCAGUGGGCCGAUAUUGCCCAAGCCGAACGAGUUGUGGCGUUGCACACCGUCUCUGACAUCGAGAUGGAGCUCCUGAACGAGACGACGGUUGCCUUGCCAGACGAUCUUUCUACGAGACCGUCAAUCAUCUUCCAACAUGACUUUCCGCCGAAUCUCGACAUGCUGGCACUCGAUAUGCGUCUCUUCCUCGAUUCUAUACAGCCGCUCGUGUUGGAUGCAGCACAAAACAGUGCGGGUGGGGUCGUAGGGGUGACAUUGUCCCUCACAGAGGACAACCAGUCGCUCAUCGUCGACGUCGAGGACAAUGGAUGCGGGAUUGCCACGAGCGACUACAAGAGAAUUUUUUAUGCAUAUGAAAAGGUCGAUAUGCGCACAAUGGAUUCUGGCCUAGGUCUUACCCUGGCCUGUAAAUCGGCCACGCUUCUGAAUGGUCAUAUCGCCCUAGUGAGUUCCUUCCCAUGUCAAGGUUCACACUUUCGAGCUACUUUCCCCGAUCCUAUAUGUGCGAGUUCUUUUCCGCGAGAUACCCAAUUGAGAGAUAACCUUGUCCGGCUUCCAUCCACCUAUCAUAGACUCUCUUGUUCCACCCGGACAACAGUACUGGGGCAAUAUUUCAGCAAAUACCUUACCAACAAAGGCUAUGCGGAGGCCACCACACCUGAUGGCUCCUUUCUGAUACUGGAUUACACGCCCGAUCUUACCAAGCUCUAUAAUCACCUCUCUGGAAUGAAUACCUCACAGGUGGCCAUUUGUCUAGUACCAGAGUCUGCCUAUUUCCUCAACUUCGGAGCUAAGCGCAUAAGGCAACAAAACAACGUCGUAUACGUCCAGGGACCCUUUCUACCCACGAUCCUAGAUGAAGCACUCCACCUAGCCAACUCGAUAUUGGCAGAAUGCCCAUCUACGACGCUUGAUCCAGGAAGCUCCGCCUUCGGAGAAGGCAUUGCGCUCAUCCCGUCUUCCCAUCCACCUAUCCCAAAUCUAGACAGCCCACCAGAACCUGGCCCUCAUAAACCCGCUUCUCUAUCAUCUUCCCAGCCUCUGCAAACUGACCUCGUGCAGUCGGUCGAAACUUUACACAUUACAACUCCCCCACCGCCUCCCGUGCACCCCUCCACAUGCUCCACUAAACCACUCACCCUCCUCGUCGACGAUAACGCAAUCAACCUCCGCCUCCUAGAAAUGUACUGCAACCGCCGCAACAUCCCCUACCGCACCGCAACCGACGGCCAAAAAGCAAUCGACCUCUUCUCCGCCUCGCUCGCUACCCCUGCCUCUAACCCCGAUUCGCCGCCACACCAACCCGGCUCCGCUUCCCCUCCUCCUCCAUUCAAGCUCAUCUUGAUGGACCUACAGAUGCCCGUCUGCGACGGAAUCGAUGCCACAGCCCGCAUUCGCAGGCUUGAGGCAAAGUACAAGCGCGCUCGGACUGUGCUCUGCAUCGUCACAGGCCAGGACACGCCGGCUGAUCGCGCGAAUGCGGAUAGGGCGGGGGCAGAUGGGUAUUUGGUUAAGCCGGUGGGGCCGAGGGUUUUGGAUCAGUGGGUGAGGCGGUGGUUUCCUGGUGUUGAGGUUUAG